AUGUCAGGUCGGGGCUUUCUGCCUUGUUAUCAAAAAGGGGGUUGGGUAAAGCAAACUCCCUCCUUGGACGAGCACGGGCUUAGUCAAGUAGAACCGGGUUGCGCUGCUGGAUGCUCCGAUCGAAAAGAAAUCAGUGGGGCCAUGCCGAAGGGGAAUCAAGCCCGAUUCUAUCUUGCUUUCACCUCCGCUGUGAAGGCUCUUAUCUCAGAAGGCAUACAAAAAGCUCUUCCACGCCUAGCAUCGUACUUUCCACUACUCGUGAUUCCACCUGGCACCGACAAAUCCCAUUCUAGCGGGGAAGAACCACCAUCCGGAGAAGCUGCAUCUUCAAUGGGUAGAUCCCCUCCAAGCUUGACUCAUAGGAUGGGGAAAACCAAGCAACGACCAGCUCAUUCACCUGAAUUUGGUUGGGGCACAGCGGGUAUUGAACAUCUAAGUGCGAGCCUACCUCCGCUAGUGAUCCCUCUUUCCCUGGAACCAAUGGUUACGAAUCUGCAUCGAACUAACGAAAGAACCCCUGACGGAACUGAAUUAGACUAA